UAGAUCACCACUCAAUUCUCGCAGUAACACGAACUCCGGGCGCUUUAAACAGCGAAAUAAAAACAACAAAAUUGACAAAAAAAAAUGCUGAAUUGAACUCAAACCGCAGGAUUGAACUCUUUUUGGCUGUGGCGUGUGUGCGAUGCCGUUUUUGUGCUCCUGACAUAGCGUUUACCAAAACAGAAGGCGGAAAAUAGGGAAAAGGAUCUGCCAAAGGAUCUGUGUGUGUGCGGCUGUUGCUUCUGCCACCCGAGUGUGUGUGUGUGUGUGCUUGUGCAGUCACGUGUUCUAAGGUGAUUUUAACGAGUUCCGUGAUACGCGAAAUAAGAUAAGGACGAGAAAGGAGCAGAGUCGAGGGGAGCAAGCGGCUUAGGAGGACAGCAAAAGGAGCAACAACCAAAUCCCCGUCCGCCAGGACACACAGGAUACUCUCUGCUCAGUGCGCCUUAAAGGAUUUCGCAGAUAAAUCAACCGAAAAUUGCAUAAAAUAAAAUUGUUUGCCAAAUUGUGCGCAGCAAGAGAAACAAAGAGGGGAUACAAAACACAACAAAAAAACGUACGCAAAUACACAUGUGAAAUAUGACUAGCGCGUUACAUUGAAAUUAUUGUACAAAAAUAUUUAACAAAAAAUACUGCUCCAAAUAACCUGAAGCAAAACAUAUACAUCUUAGCAACAUGCGGUUUCCACAAAUAGUCUACCAAACAGCGUUGACCACAAUUCUUCUGGCAAUCACAUUAGAGCUGGCCGAGGCUUUAAGAGAUGUCCGGGUUCGAGUGCCGCACGCGGUGAGGCGCAGCGAGAAGGCCAUACUGAAGUGCUUCUACGACAUCGAGGAUGACAGCCUGUACUCCGUGAAAUGGUAUAAGGGCAGGCGGGAGUUCUACCGAUACACUCCCAAGGAAACGCCGCCCAUGAAGGUCUUUCACUUCCCAGGCGUCAAAGUGAAACGCAUGUCCUCGAACGAGAGCCAAGUGGUGCUCGAUGCGGUGACAAUGGCUACAUCCGGUAAAUACAGUUGCGAAGUAUCGGCGGAUGCGCCCUCAUUUCAUACAUUAAUAGCGGCAGCAGAACUGGAAGUUAUUGAAACGCCGCACAAUGCGCCAUUCAUAUCGGGCAUUCGUCCUCGGUACCGGGUCGGCGACAUAUUGCGAGGUAAUUGCACAUCGCGACACUCGCGGCCGGCGGCCAAUCUCACAUGGACAGUGAAUAAUGAAGAGGUUAAUCCCUCUCUGGUGCGUCAUCAUAAAAUACUCCGAGACUCCCGCAAUGACAUGGAAACCGCCAUUGUGGGAAUUCAUUUUGUGGUCACAGAUCAGCACUUUGACAAUGGCAAACUCAAGCUGCGCUGCAGUGCCCAGCUGCACGAUAUCUACUGGAAAACCACAGAGAAGAUUGUCCUCGAGGCGGAUCUGUUUCCCAAACAUGGCGGUGGAAACAGUGGGAAUCAUGUCAAUCCCGACGAUUUCUAUGAUCAGUAUGCCCUGCACGAGGACCAUUUGCAAAACAAGAAGAACAGCUAUCUGACGCAGCUACAGGGCGAAGAAGACGACGGCACCGAGGGUGGGCUGGGGGACGGAGGAGCCGCCUGGCGAGGAGCCGGUUCGUCCAGCUCCAGGAGCGCAAGUCAAUCCCGGUGGAUGGUCGGUGGAUCGCUGAUGGCGGUGCUCAGUUGGACGCUGGCCAGGCAAUUAAUGUCGCCGUUGCAGGCGGCGAUGACAAAGGCCGGCGGUGCAAUGUGCAACACGAGCGGAAGGUGCACAAUCCGGCGGACAGGACCCGGACCCGGACAAGGACACGGACCCCUUGGAAUGCGGGUCAGCGUGACAAAGCAAAGGCAGCGGCAAAGGCAAAAGCAGCGGGAGAGGGAGUCCUGCCUGCGGGUGUCGAAGUCCAGCUGGCAAGGAUGCGGAUGUGGAUGCGACAUCGGCAGGAGCAACAGCAGAUGCAUCAGGCAGUUAACAUGAUUCAAUUGUCACACAACUCCAGUGCCACACUUCAGGGGUAGAAAUUAAAGUGGAGUCCAGCUAUAGCUAUAGUUAGAGGAUGCUCGAUGUACGCUGUGCGAUGUGGGGAGGAGUUCAGCCCAAGGCCAAGACCCAGAAGCGACUGCAGGAUGUAUCUAAAAUACUUACACUAACACACCAGACACUCGUUUCAGCUAGCUCAAAGUAACUUCAAAUGCAUUUAAGAAGGGAAUACCAAAACCAAUGUAAGCCAGAUACGCGAAAUACAAGCAAAACGCCAGUUCAUCAUUAAUGCAACGAUAUCUGUUUGUUCAACUUUUCCUAGGGCGGAGGUGGUCGGCAGGCUUACACUUUUAGCAGCUUUCCAAUAUUGCGAUUCCAAGCCAUUUUCCCAUAUUUUUGAAUCAAUUUUGAAGCCAAUUCCGCCUGCUCCAGAGUUCAUUUUACAAGGCAAAUGAAAAUUGUUGUGCUAAGCUUUUAACUUUAGGUUCUCUAUACAUUUAUAUAUCGAAGUCAAGAUUAUUUAUAAAUCGUAUAAAUGAUAUUUAUAUAUAUGUAUAUGUUCUAUAUGAAAACCAAAGGAUAUAUAUAUAAACGUACUACGCCUAAAUGUAAUUGCCCCCAAAAAAAAGAACCCCUAAGACACAAGAUGUAAGGCAAAAGUAAGCAAUUAGAUCUUAAGUCUAAAUAUUGCCUAUAUAUGUAAAAGUAUAUAUGUAUUGUACUUGUAUAUAUUAUAUAAAAGGAACGAAAACCAAAAGGAUCGAGAUAUGUAUAAUAUAAGAAUUUACGGUAGAUAAUCAAAAUAAAAACAAAACAAA